AUGAUUGAAAAGUUCAAGCGAGUUGUCUCCGCAGAGACUGCUUGCUGGUCAUGCAUUUACAUGAAUUCCUGGGACCGCGUUCUAGAAUUCCCCGCCACGCUUAUGCUACACAGCUGUGUUGGCCUGUCAGCCGGAGAGAAGUUGCCCAAGGUAGGCAACAACGGCGAUGGCAAAAUUCGGCAGUCAUCUGGAUAA